AUGACCGCCGAGUUCGAAGAGAUCGCUUUGUACGCUGAACGACCGGAGUGGGCAGACGUCGUCCCGCUGCCGCAAUACCAGGGCGUGGAUGCGCUCGCCCCGAUCAACUACUCGGCGGAAUACCAGGAUGCGACGGACUACUUCCGGGGCGUCAGGGUGCUCGGCCUGACGUGGGACAUCAUUAACAUGAACCCGGCACAUUACUCGGCGUGGCGACGGGGGCCGACUCGAGGGGAGCUGCGGCUGAUGGACGACUUCGCAGUCACGAACAUGAAGACAUACCAGGUCUGGCACCACCGCCGGCUCCUGCUCACCGCCCUGCGCUCACCCCCCGCCGGCGCCGCGGAGCUCGCGUUCACCGCGCGCGUGCUCGGUGCGGACGCGAAGAACUACCACACGUGGAGCUAUCGCCAGUGGCUGCUCGCCCACUUCAACGACGAGGCGGAGCUGUGGGCGGGCGAGCGCGCGUGGAUUGAGGCGCUGCUGGAGAAGGACGUGCGGAACAACUCGGCGUGGCACCAUCGAUUCUUCGUGGUGUGGGCGAGCGGGGCGGUGUGUCGGAGGGAGCUUGCGUUCGCCAAGGAGAAGAUUGCGCUUGCGCCGAACAAUGCGUCGGCGUGGAACUACCUCCGCGGCGUGCUGGAGCACACGAAGACACCGCUCUCUGGUCUUACUACGUUUGUGCAGCUCUACACUGUCUCGAGCGCGUCCCCUGCCUCGGACGUUCUGGAUCUGGACAAUCCUGCGCCGACGGAGGGCGCGGAGCUGCCGUGUGUAAAUGCACUAGAGUUCCUCGCGGAUAUAUACGAGGAAGAGGGCGGACAACAGAUCUCUCAGGCGGUCGAGAUCUGGAAGUCCUUGGCUAACGAACACGAUACGAUGCGCAAGAAAUACUGGGAAUAUAGGAUCAAGGAAGGACUCCAGAAGGUGUAGCGAGUGUGAAGACAGAAGACAAUCAUUGUAUCAUUGAGUACUGUUGCAAUUUCAGGUCCAAAGCAAAUAACAUCUGCACUGCUGCACACUUCCGACGACCUAUUGGCCCUAUCCUGUCGAUCGAACGUCAUCUCUGCAGAUGAGCAACGCGGUCCUCGGAAGCAAGCUGCAUUCGUACAAGAUAUGAUACAACACAUAUUUCUGCCGUCUUCCCCAGAAGUUUCGAUCGUUGCUAGCCCAUACCACCCAUGAGCCAGGUACUCCGCAUCCCAGACACGGAUCACGGACCCAUGGUGCGCUGCUUCGCCUGGUCGGUCAGAGGGACGUACUGUAUGGAGUGUAAGCCAGCGAGCAUCGUUGACAAUGCAGCGGCAUACCAUGACGUCGAAGAGCUCCUUCUGUGUGACAUUUCCAUCGAGAUCCUUGUCGACCUAUGCCCAGAUACUAGAUUAGUGAUGCUUUCCAGAUGGUAUGACCGGUUGC